UUUAUUUAGGGUCUAGAGAUGGUAUUUUAAAAGUCGAAUUCGUGGUCUGAACAAAUGCUGUGAAAAGAAGUAAAAUUAGAUGAUGGAACAUGGAUUUCUCGAAUGUGAGAGGUCUAUUUUUGUGGUGUGUGGUCGACAGGGAUCUGGAAAGUCAACAGUGAUAUCAACGAUCUUGAGGACCAACACUCUGUCAGCUACUUCUACACAUUUUAGUGACCUACAUUUACUAUCUGUGGUUAAGCCACAUCUGCUGAUAACAGACAUCGUAACAGAAUCUUCUACCGAACUGCAGAAAACUCUUAAAACUCUAAUAAGUUCAACUGGAAGACUCAAAACUUUGAUCCUCGAGGUAACCCUCACAUCCCCCGAUCAAUUAUCACACCUUGACCUAGAUCAAGAUCACGAUAUAUUGUGGUAUUACACACGGUCCCCCCAUGAGAUAACGUCCUCACUAACCCUCCCUCCUCAAGUCACCUCUGUAUCAGUCGAUAUAUCUCGUGUAAAGGAAUGGCAGAUUGCGGCGCACGUGCUGCACGCUUACCACACUACACCCGAUACAUUCAGUGCUCUGUCCACUUUCAGCACUGCCAAUUUAACUGUCCUGCAGAAUAAAGAAGUUUUUAGCAUUUUGAUGAAAUAUUUUAACGGUGUUUCAACUCGAACACUGUGGUAUGUGGUCAAGAUGCUAAGCCAUGUUGUGGAGAUGACCAUCCAACGGAUAUCAGAUAUCAACGAAAACUUUGGAAAGUUUCUUGAUAUUUACACAAAGAAUGUGGGGCUGAUGAUAGCAAAUCAGAUAGAGCAGGUUAUAAGAAUGUUCUCUGGACAGUUUGACCCUUCUCAGAUGUUUUCUGUGUUCCCCAAACUUGCUGUUCAAUGGCAACAAGUAGAGUGUAACCGUACCUCCACCCUUGCAACCCCCUGCCAAGUUCAUCUCCAGAAGCUCCUUUCCGAGUGUAGUGAACACUACUACAAGCACCUUGAUAUUACCAGUCGUCUCCAGAAAGAUGAGGAUCAUCUGGUGACUGGUGCUCUAAUCAACAUGCUGGGUUUUGAGGAAGUGGAUGAGAAAGUAGAUGAGGUGGUGGUGCCUGGAGAUGAUGGUAAUAUAGUGAUGUCUCCAAGAUUCUGUGUCCUCAUGAUGCAGAUGAUAUUGAGGAUGCAGGUUGACGUCCCUGUGAUUUUAUGGGGAAAGGAAGGUUCCGGAAAGUCCACCUUGGUUCAGUAUUUGAAGAUGCUGUACCAGAAGAGUGGGAGGCAGUGCAUGAUAAUCUCUCACGAUCCCGUGCUACAAGAAGUAUCUGAGUUAGCAAGAUUGGUACAGUCUGAAGCCUCUUCUCAAUCUGAUAUCGUUGUAAUUGUUGUUCAAUUGAGCAGACGGGAAGAUGUCCAAAAUAUCUUGAAAAUUGUGACAGAAAAGACUUUAGAUGGAGAACUAAGCUCAUUAAAUGUGAGAUUUGUUGUGGAGUUUUCGAACGAAUCUCUCAGAGAGUGUUUCGAUUCUCACUGUCUAAUAACUGUUGAAGUGGAUCACGUUAUUGUUAAAGGGUUGCUCGCGAGCAUUGGUCUUCCAACGGAAAUUCCUGGACUGUUGUUCACAUUGCUUAACAACAAAUCUUUUUCUUAUAGAAACGUUAUAAACUUUACUAAAGUUCACUCCUGGAUAGAUCAGGUGUUUUACUCAAAAUACCGCCAUCUUUUGAUGCCUACAAGCAGUAACACCGGUCACGAAUCAUCACUUAAAUCUGGAUGUGUAUUGGUACUGGCUACUGAGAUGGUGUUUGGAACCAACAAUGAUGACCUUCUCGAUGAAGUAGCAAAACAUUACGACAUUUCACAGCAACUCGAUAUACUUUUAUCCUACACUUUGGACAAUGUCGCUAAGGUUUUUUUCAAAAGAUAUAGCAGGCAUUUACCAAUACCAACAGAUUCAGAUGAUAUCUACAGAAGUCUAUUGCUAACAUUGAUUAGUCUGGAAACCCACAUACCAUUAGUUCUGAGCUCCCAGUUCGUACAGCCACAAUUGCUGCAGAGCCUUCUGACUAAUGACGGUAUCCUAACCGACUACAACUGUAAUAUCAGUGUGCUAGACAACACUGCUACACCACAAAAGGUGUUACAAUGUUACUGGGCGUGCUUAAAGGAAAGUGUUAAGUCUUCUCUUUGCAAUAGAGGCCCCUUACAGCACGGGGUUGUUGUCUGCGACGGAUAUUCGUCCCUAAAAUCAGCUGCAACCAGACGAGUGAUCUCAGAACUGGUUAAAUGCAAACCAGUCCGACCCCUUACUCCUGACAUCUCCCUUUUUAUACUGGUACAAAAGGGAACCGCUUCUAAGGAGCUGGGGUGCUGUCUUGAUCUUCUUGGAUCUGGCGUGGAGAUUGAACAAGAUAAUGUUCCUGAUGUUAGCUAUCAAGAUGCUAUUCACUCUGACAGUGAAUCAGACAUAACGGAACACUCAAAUUACAGUAUCUUGUCAGUUGAUGAAUCUACAAAACCCGAUUUGCAAGAAACUGAUGUCAGUGAUUCUUUCUCUCUGUUCAAAUGGAUCAGGAAAAGGGUUCUCCCACAAGGGGGAAACUUCCAGAAUAUUGCGAGUGCAGUACUGAUAAUAAGACAGGUGCUGAAGCGAGCAGAACCUGACAAUGACCUGAAAACACAGCUAGAGGGGACACUGGAUAAGUGGGGGGAAGUACUUCCUUAUCUCUGUAAUCUACCUCCCUCUAUUGUGGCUACAGCUGGCGACCUUGUCAAGUUGACCAAGAAGAACUUUGUAUCACAUCUGGUAGAGAUACGAAUAGGAGACCUGUGCUGUAAGCAGAUAAUAUCUUGGAGUAACGCGUAUUCCUUUUACACUGAAAUUAAAGUACUAGCCUUUGACACGAUCAGUGACAACCUCAGGACGAUCACUGAACAUCUGUUGUGGUUUUGCGAAAUGAGUUCCGUGUUCUGUAAAGUAAAGAAUGCAGACCUGUCUCAACAUUUGAAGGUAGCGAGCGACAUUACAUCUGGUAAAGACACCAGCUUCAGUAACUUCUCCUCUUGGCUGGAUUACCAGCAAGAUAACAGAAUACUGGUGUACUAUCUAACUUUACUGAUAAGAGAUAAGGACCUUAUCUUACCCGACUUGAUGGAUAUUGUCAGAGGGGUUCUGAGAGUUGUUGGGAGUGUGGAGGUACUUUGUGUCCUUCUUCGAAGUCUUGUACGAAAGUAUAACGUAGAAGCGCUUGAUAAGAUAUGCGAUGACAUCGGUCAAGUCCUUCCCUCUAAUACUGCUAUCGUAUCUGCUUUAGUUUGUGUUUAUCAGGAAGAAGAAGAGAAGAGAAUGGUUCACCUAGAAACUCUCCCGAAUACAGUCACUGUAAGGAAUGUUGCUUUGGUCCGACAAAGUGUUCUCUACUGCGCCCGCCUUUUAGUGGAUUUCUACGAUAAUUCCAACAGAGAACUAGAUGUGGACGUUGAGGCUUAUUUCAUUGCCAAAAACUCAGCUUCCAGCUUUUGUAUUCUGAAGACACUGAUAUCAGAAACCGAUAAUUCUGCUGUAAGACAGUAUAUCUUAAAGCAUCUGCUGGACAAAAGUGGUACAGAAUGUUUGAAAUACUGCUUAUCAGCCCUUCCAGCCUUGCAACUUGAUACAGUGUGUAGUGAAGAUAUGGUGGACCUCAAUGAAGUGAUAUCUGGAUACAAAGAUAUGAAGGAUAAAGUUUACCCUAUAUGUACUCUCUGUUGUGAUAAUGGGAAUUACAAGCCGUUGGAUAAAGGGGCUGCAUGUCUUCUGUACCUGGCCCAACAGAGAAGUACUACUGUGCAGUGUAACUGUCUUAUCACAUCCCUUCCCGGUCACAUGAUACCUGUUUUCAGCAUUAUCAACAGUCGCAAUAUGGGUAUACACAGCCGGAUAUCUGUGUAUCUGGCCAGCCAGCUCACCCCGGACGGGAACUCCUUCAUGAGGUACUUCCGGGAUCUGCUAACACACUCUGAUCUGGAUAAUAUCUAUUGGAUGGGCAUGCCUCAUGACGAUAUCUUUGAUAUUAUCAACACUGUCAGACCUUCCGAGAAAUAUGCUGGAGUGGAGAAGGUGUAUACAUUCUACAGGUGCGGUAACGGACAUGUGUACAGUAUUAACAACUGUGGUGACCCUUUACAGAAGGAACGAUGUCCGGAGUGCAAAGAAGUCAUAGGUGGUAGGGACCACGUUGUUGCAGAGCAGAACUCUAAAUACGACAACCACGAAAAGAUUAUGAUUGAAACAGGGUACACUUUGAAACGCGACGAAUUCGGACCAGGAAAGACUACCAUCCGAGAGCUAUCCCAACUUUCUACCACAAUCCUGUGGUACCUGACUCAUGCUAUAUUGUCUCUCAGAACUAACCGCUAUGUUCCGCCCAACGAUCCCGAUUUGGAUCACAAACAUAGAUUAGACCUAGCAUUCAAAGAAAUAUCAGAAAAACUGGAAGUUUCCCCUGAUACUGCGAUUAUGUUCCUACUGGAUGUUGUUGAGACACUCAGUGUAUACUCCAUGGAUACUCUGCUCUACAAAUCAGAGAUAGUUUAUGAUUCGUUAACCCCACAAGACAUUCUAAUCAUGCAAAAACUGGAAGAUCUCAAGAGUUGUAGAAGACACUGGGAACGCGAAUUUUCAGAUGUUGUCACAAGUGUUGGGGAACAUUCUGAGGUGCUUAGAGGGAAUUUGGCGGACUGUGGUUUGUCCAAAGUUAACCAGAAAAGUUAUGUCGGCAAAGAUACAAAAAUCUGCUCGACCGAUCUCACUGCUAUCAAGAGUGCAUGUUAUUGGGUCACGGAGAACAUUGUGAGGAACCCUUUUAGCAAACGUCGCACUGAUGCAGCGCGGUUAUCAAAAGAAGACGAAAAGAAGAACAAUUUGCUCAGAACUUUUACAGAGGAACAACACAAACUUCAUCUCAUACAACACUUACCCUUCCUAUUGACGCUACUGAGAGACCUGCAACACCUACUGAGCUAUAAAGUAGACUCCAGAACUCUACUAGAACCAGCAGCUGAUCAUAUCGCUGGAGCUAAUAUCAAGAAAUGGUACGAUAUCUGGUGCGAGCUAAAUGGAAUUUGGGAAGUCUCACAACUCAAUUACUCAGUCAGAGAAAUGAAACCUCUGGAUGAACUGAUUUUGUUUGAUAUCGCUCCAACAAGCUAUCAGUCAGGUCCUGGUACUGAUCUCCCUCCGAACUGCGAAUCUGGUUCUGUUACUCUUAACAUGAUCAAGUAUCUGUCGUUAUUGCAAAACAAGUUUGCUCCUGAAACGUCAGGCAGAAGUCAUGUCCCAAUUGAAGAGUUGCGGUAUCUGCAAUACAAUCCUGAAACUGUUUUUCCAUUCCUUUGUAAUGACCAAACUCACCUAUCAAACUAUCUCCAGUCUCACGUACUGAGCUCCAUCAGCCGCCUCCCCACUGACCACAAGGAGUACCUGCAAACCUUGAGUUCACGUGUUCUGUAUUACGAUCAGGACAGCCAGGACUUUGAGAACAUUGUUAAGUUUUACAAUAGUUUAGAAAACCACGUGGAUCUUGAAAGUUUAGAAAUGGAGCUUGUUAAGGGUGUGGUGGGAUGUGAUCUGUGGAAUUUACAUAAGUCUCUAACAGGAAUAAUGGCUGGGCUGGGAUCCGGUGAUAUUGUUCUUGAAAAUUUCUUACGUACACUCGACAUAGCUGCAGAUACAGUGGCACUCAUGUCACGAAAAGAUAAGCUGUUUGCUUUGUACAAACACGUAAAUCUUCUUUGUAUCCGUUCGACACUUUUCAACGAUUCACCUGAAAAUUAUUCCGUGUUUUCCAAGCUUUUAUCCAGCUUCUUCACCUCGAGUUUCUACACUAAGCCGUGUCCCACUCCCGAACUUAGUGAAGAGGAGCACAACGUUCUCCUGUCUCUUCUUGCGGAGUAUGUUUCUCUGAAGAUACUACAUCUAGAUAUUGAUAAGCCGGACUAUUUGGAGGGUUGGGAUUUGGGUGAAGCUUUGGAGUUGUAUCUGGAACAGUUCGACAACAGAGACCCGCAGAUGGUUGAAUUUGUGAGUGAUGGGAUUAAGGUCGACCAUGUGGGAUAUUUACUGAAUGUCGUAUUGCUUACUGGGCCGCGCUCAGCCUGUCAUUCCGCCGAAUCUCUAUAUAUGUUAAUGAACAUGAUAGCCUGAGGUCCCCAGGUAACGUAUUGCGAGUUUAAAUAAUAAACAGGUACUUUUAUUGUAUUAUAUUUAUACUUUUAACACGGAAUUCCUUAUUUUGAUAUUUUAGUUAUAUUAGUUAUUUUAGUUAUAUUAGUUAUAUUAGUUAUAUUAAGGGUUACAACGUACAAUGGAAUCUCACCACAAUUGUAUCAAUUGUUACUAAUUACUUCAUUUAAAAACUGCUGAUCGAUGGUACUUAAAACUCAAUGAAAUAAUAUUUCAAAUUAUUCAGUUCUGUGAUGUUUUCAUUAUAACAGUUUUCUAAAGAAACAUA